AUGGUUUCUCUGACUUGCACCCUCCUGUUUGCCUUCGCGGCUUCCGCACUCGCUUCCCCUGCCGGACCCGUCAUCACUCCUGCGCCCGAGCCCGACCUCGUCAAGAGAGCAACCAGCUGUACCUUCUCGGGUGCCAGUGGCGCAGCUUCGGCCAGCAAGUCGCAGAAGUCAUGCGCCACCAUUGUCCUGUCUAGCGUUGCUGUGCCCUCCGGAGUGACCUUGGAUCUUUCUGACCUCGAAGACGACACCACCGUCAUUUUCGAGGGCGAGACAACAUGGGGCUACUCCGAAUGGGCCGGGCCUCUUCUCCAAAUCAAGGGCAACAAGAUCACCAUUGAGGGUGCUUCGGGAGCUUAUCUCAACCCCGACGGUGCUAGGUGGUGGGAUGGUGAGGGCAGCAAUGGUGGUGUCACCAAGCCCAAGUUCUUCUACGCCCAUGAUCUGAUCUCCUCGUCGAUUACUAACCUGCACAUCCAAAACACCCCAGUCCAAGCUGUCAGCGUCAACGGUUGCACCGACUUGACCAUAACCAGCAUGACCAUUGACAAUUCUGCUGGCGAUACUGGUGGUGGCCACAACACGGAUGGGUUCGAUAUUGGGUCCAGCACUGGUGUUACUAUCACAGGGGCCAAUGUGUAUAAUCAAGACGACUGUGUUGCUAUUAACUCAGGAACCGACAUCACCUUCAGCGGCGGUGUCUGCUCCGGUGGACACGGCCUUUCCAUCGGUUCCGUCGGUGGCCGAGAUGACAACACUGUCAGCACUGUCACUUUUAACGACAAUGAAGUCAAGAACUCAGUGAACGGAAUCCGCAUCAAGGCAACCGAAGGCGACACCGGCUCCAUCACUGGCGUCACCUAUUCACAGAUCACCCUUUCUGCCAUCUCCGGUUACGGAAUCCUCAUUGAACAGAACUACGAUGGCGGUGACCUCGACGGCGGAACCCCGUCUAGCGGCAUCCCGAUUACCAAGCUGACAAUCGACAACAUCCAGGGCGUUGGCGCCGUUUCCAGCAGUGGAUAUAACGUCGUCAUUGCCUGUGGGAGCGGGGCUUGCUCCAGCUGGACGUGGACUGACGUCGAUGUCACGGGGGGCAAGACUUAUGGGUCUUGCACUAACGUGCCUAGUGUUGCUUCGUGCUCUGACUAGACGGCUAGGUGGUUCCCGGCAUGUUUUAUGCUAUAUUGUUGCUUGCACUGAGUGGUGGAGGGAGCUAUAACAAACGUUGAGUCAACUGAUUUGAUAGGCUAAGGUGCACUACUUAGCACAAUAUUGAAUGAAACGUAGUCACUCUAGAUUCAGGGGCUUCAACUUGACCCCAAAUCGUCCUGAUCAACAGUUCUCUCCGUGAGGCAGGCAGAUUGGGUACUUGGUAUAAUGGCGCCCGCCGAUCCAGUUUGCACCCUCCACCCCGAGAGACAUCUGUAACGAGUAAACCGUGAUGGUCGCGGGCAUUGAUCUAAAUUAAGUUACAAACUACGGC